AUGAAGUACGACGUAAUCGUAGUCGGCGGCGGUUCCGCAGGUUCGGUGGUGGCCAGCCGAUUGUCGGAGGAUCCGGCGCGCUCGGUGUUGCUGCUGGAGGCCGGCCAGGACUAUCCCAACCCGGAAUUCCUGCCUGAAGCCGUGCGCAAUGGCUACUCCAACGACGGCGAACAACCCGGUUCGCCAAUAUCGUGGUCGCUGCGCGGCAUCAUCAACGACCAGCAGGGCGAAAUCAACAUCGCCCAGGGCAAGGUCAUCGGCGGCUCCGGAUCCAUCAACGGACAGCGACGGGAAAACGAGCCGUGGCCCGACGUCCAGCAGGCAUUUCACUCCGCCGCCAUGGAGCGCGGCUACGCGCGCAACCCCGACCUGAACGGCCCCGAUUCCGCCGGUAUCGGAGCCAUCCCCAUGAACAACCGGGCGGGCGUUCGCAUGAGCACUGCCAUCACUCACCUGAAUCCGGUGCGCCAUCGGCUCAACCUGACCGUGCGGGGCAACGUGCUGGCGCGCCGGGUGCUUUUCGUGGGGUCUCAGGUGGCCGGACUGGAAGUGGAAAGCGGCGGCGAGAUUUUCAACGUUGAGGCCGACCAGGUGGUGUUGUGCGCCGGCGCGCUGAAGUCGCCGCACCUUCUGAUGCUGUCCGGCAUUGGCCCGCGCGAACAACUGGAAGAGUUCGGCAUCCCGGUGAUCCAAGAGCUGCCGGGCGUGGGUGGAAACCUGUUCAACCAUCCCAUGGGAAACGUGUCGUUCCAGGUAAAAGACCACGUUGAACUGCACGCCAACGCCGGCGCCCUGCGGUUCGGGCUGCGCGUUACCUCGGAGCCGCCUUCGCAACCCUGCGACGUGAUGCUGCACACGCUGGGAGUCUUCAACCUGCCGGAAGGUUCGGGCUGGGUACGAUUGGCGUCUGCCGACCCGACGGUUCAGCCUGCCAUCAACUAUCGUUAUUUUCACAACGAGAACGAUAUGCGGCGGAUGCGCGACGCAGUGCGGCUGGCGGCAAGUAUGCUGGAAUCGGAGGCGUAUCGGGACGUGAUGGAUUACCGCAUCUCCCCUACGGAUGAGGUUCUCGCUGGUGACGAUGCACUGGACAGUUGGAUUCGCCAGACCGUGGGUACUUCCCGCCAUGUCUCCGGCACCUGCCGGAUCGGCCCCGAUGCCGACCCUCCGGCGGUGACCGACCAGCAGUGUCGCGUCCGCGGCGUACAGGGACUUUGGGUUGCCGAUUCGUCGAUAAUGCCACAGGUAACCAGGGCCAACACCAACGCCACGGCCAUCAUGAUUGGCGAACGGGUGGCUGACUGGAUAGCGGGGUAA